AUGGAAAGGCUAGUUGUGAAACGUUUCAAUGGUAACAACCAUCAUCUAACAGUUCUUUCUCCCCAAAUCUUGUAUGGAAACCAUGAAACUUUCAACCCUUCCUUCAUGCACAAAUAUCAAUCAAUGUCUCUCAAUAGCUGUGGUGGUUUGUUAUCUUUCGAUGACUUCAACGGCAACAUUGUUCUUUGCAACUUAACAACUCAAGAGCUUAAACACCUCCCCCCCUCCAACGUGCCCCGCCCUCCCGGGAUAACCCGGACCAUCUCCCACGGCAGCGGAUUCGGGUAUGACCUCAAAUCCAAUGACUACAAAGUCAUAACCUACAUGCUCCAUUACUGGGAGGACGAGGAAGGCCACUACCUCGAUGACACGACAAAAGUCGAGUUAUACUCCCUUGGAAGCAAUUCAUGGAAGGAGAUCCAGAGCCCUCAUUCCAUGAAUUGCCCCAAGUCGGGCUCAGCAUUUGUCAACGGGAGUUACUACCGGAUGGCGUGUCUUGACUCGGGUGUCGUGGUUGAGUCAUUUGAUUUUGCUAGCGAGACGUUGUCGUCCUUCCCCUUGCCACCAAACAUUGAGGGGUCGGACUCUGCCUUUCACCUUGUCAAGUUUGAUGACUCGUCGUUGGGGGCUGUUGGGUACGAGAGGAGGUCGGGCGCUACUAAGGCGUUCGAGCUUUGGGUGUGGAGAGAGGGGAAGUGGGGUAGAGUGUAUGGUGUUGCUAACCUUUCUCAUGUGGAGAGGCCAUUGGGGUUGAGGAAUGGUAGAUUGCUUUUUCUUGAAAGAAAAAUGAGUGAUCACUUAAGUCAUUUGGUGGUUUAUGAUUGGAUUACCAAAGAGUUGAAGAAACUUGAGAUAUAUGACUAUCCGGGUUAUAUGAGUAUUAGUUCAUAUGUUGAGAGUGGAUUUGCACUACCGGAUUCAAGGCCAAUCAAUUAA